CCCAUCCUUCUCACAUUCAUCUUUCAAAUCUCACUCUCUCUCUCUAGAAUUUUCUCUCUCUAGAAUUCACCACUGCUGUCAUGGCUUCACCGACACCGUUGCUGAAAGAUGAACUCGACAUUGUGAUUCCGACUAUCCGUAACCUCGAUUUCUUGGAGAUGUGGAGGCCGUUCUUCGAGCCGUAUCAUCUCAUCAUCGUGCAGGAUGGUGAUCCUUCCAAGACGAUUAAGGUGCCGGAAGGGUUUGAUUAUGAGCUCUAUAACCGGAAUGACAUUAACAGGAUUCUCGGUCCCAAGGCCAAUUGUAUCUCGUUCAAGGAUUCUGCGUGUCGGUGCUUUGGGUACAUGGUUUCCAAGAAGAAGUAUAUCUACACCAUUGAUGAUGAUUGCUUUGUUGCCAAUGAUCCAACAGGGAAGCAGAUCAAUGCACUUGAGCAGCAUAUCAAGAACCUUCUCUGCCCAUCAACCCCUUUCUUCUUCAACACCCUUUAUGAGCCUUACAGAGAAGGUGCAGAUUUCGUCCGUGGCUACCCCUUCAGUCUCCGUGAAGGUGUGCCAACUGCUGUUUCUCACGGUCUUUGGCUCAACAUCCCUGACUAUGAUGCUCCUACUCAGCUUGUGAAGCCUCUCGAGAGGAACACUAGGUAUGUAGAUGCUAUUCUGACCAUUCCUAAGGGAACUUUGUUCCCCAUGUGCGGAAUGAACUUGGCUUUCGACCGUGAGCUCAUUGGACCAGCAAUGUACUUCGGUCUCAUGGGUGAUGGUCAGCCUAUUGGACGCUACGACGACAUGUGGGCUGGCUGGUGUAUCAAGGUUAUCUGUGAUCACUUGGGAUUGGGAGUCAAGACUGGUCUUCCCUACAUCUACCACAGCAAGGCCAGUAACCCAUUUGUUAACCUGAGGAAGGAAUACAAAGGUAUCUUCUGGCAAGAAGACAUCAUUCCAUUCUUCCAGAACGUUGUUCUUCCAAAAGAAGCUACCACUGUUCAGAAGUGUUACCUCGAGCUCGCCAAAGAAGUCAAGGACAAACUUAGCAAGAUCGAUCCUUACUUUGACAAGUUGGCUGAUGCUAUGGUUACCUGGAUUGAAUCCUGGGAUGAGCUCAACCCAGCUGGAGCAUCAGCUGCCAACGGCAAAGCAUGAGUCAAUUUUGGUUCGCUUCAAAUUACUGUCACGUAAUCUGAAGCGAAACUAUUUCUAUAACUAUUUUUUUAGUAUUUAUUUCAAAAUUUUAAUGUUAUUCAUGGAUUGGAAUUUGCAGCAUUGUUAGCUGUGGUUCUGCUUAGUAAUUUCAUGUUUUGAGCUUAGAAAGCAAUAAAAGAUUAUGCGGUCUUAGGUCUGUCUUAGGGCAAACGGAAGCAUCUGGUUUCAUGCCAUACGAGUCUCAUAGGAAGGCUUUUUGACUUAUGAUACACUAGCUUAUGUUUCUGUUUCUGUUGUUUUUACUUAAGAAGUGUCAUUUUUGUAUUAUGUAUCGUACAAUUUAUAAUAAGAUUUCAUUUAUGAUUUUGGUUCA